AGCUAACAACCUCUGUCAGAGAGUUUGGAGCUUUAAAACCCGUCUAAAAGUCAGAUGUUGCUUUAGGAAACAUGAACCGAGAACUGAACGAAGAGGAGUUACAGGAUUUGUACGCAUGGAUAGACAAAAUUCCUCUGUCUCGGCCGAAAAGACACAUCACUCGAGACUUCAGCGACGGAGUGAUGGCUGCAGAGGUUGUCAAACAUUUCAUCCCCAAGAUAGUUGACCUGCACAACUAUGUUCCUGCAAACUCCACACAGCAGAAGAUCAGCAACUGGAACCUUCUAAACAGGAAGGUGUUUUCCAAGCUGAACUUUGUUGUGCAAGAGGAGACAGUGAGGAGGAUUGUACUGAACACUGCUGGAGUGAUAGAGCCUGUACUGAACGCCCUCAGGGACAAGAUAGAGAGGAAACUGGAGCACACCACAGACAAUAUACUGAUCUGUAAUGAUUUGCAGUACUAUGACCACAAGAACCAGGACAAACUCCAAACAGAAAUCCACCAGAAUGAAGCCAAACUUCUGGCCCAGCUGGCAGGAGAUGACACGAAAAAAGAAGAAAAGAACAAACUAAAGGCUGGUAAACCACAGCAAACAGCACAGUUUUACCCCAACAUGGACCCUGCUUUACGACUGAUCCUGCAGGAAAAGGAGAAAGAUGUCAUGGCUUUGAAGGAAACCGUGGAGAUCCUGCAGAUGAAAGUCAGUCGCUUGGAGCACCUGGUUCACCUGAAGGACAUGAGGAUAGAAGAUCUGCUACGGCAUCUGGAGACGUACAAAGGAAAAGGCAACGCACACUGAUACAAACAUGUGCAAUGGCAAUGUGUGACAUAAAUAAACAUGCAGGACUAAACUCCAAUGAACACUUUGAAACAUUAU